UAACUUCACUGUUCACAUUUUAUGAUUCUACUUAUAUAUUUAUAUUUUAUUAUCUCUUCCACAAAUCCACAAAUUUGAAAAAAUGUUUUUAUGAUAAUUGAUAAUCACAUCGUUAGGGAGUAGAAGCUCCAGAUUGCCUUUGUCAAAGCCGGCUAAUUAUUACCAGAAUAUCAAGUUAUAUUACCCUACAAUUAUUUAUUGAUGAAAUUAAAUAAUAGUGAAUUAUGAUUUAAAUUAGCACCAAGUCUAUUUAACAUUUUACAUAAAUUAUUUAAACUUUAUCUACGCUAUGGAUCUCAUUGAAAAUACUAAUGAUAUAUCAAAAUCAAAUACUACAGAAAUUGUACCAGAUCAAGAGAAUAUGAUGGAAUUGGACAAAGAAAUCACUGACAAAAUUAAAACGCCACAACCAACCGUUAAACAUGAAGCAUCUACUAGUAGCCAAACAUUGAUAAAGAAUAGAACAGGAAAUGUGCAAGUAGACGAUUCAUUGUCUUGUACUCCAGUUCAACAGAAUGUUUCAGAAAAUAUUACUUCGACCCCACAAAGCAUGUUACAGCAUCAAUUAUCUGGGGAGGUCACACUUACUCCUACACACCGGUCAUUUACACCUCAAGUUCAGUCUUCAAACCCUCAUAGUUCCAUGGCUGCUAUUACACCAAUGGCAAGCGCAGUUAGUCAAGCAAAAAGCAGUGUUAAAUUUCAAAAUUGUGUUUCAACUGUAAGCUUAGGUUGUGAAUUGAAGUUAUUAGAUAUAUAUUGUCGGACAAGAUUUUCGGAAUACAACCCUGCAAGAUUUCAUGGAGUGGUUAUGAAAAUUUUAGAACCACGAGCCACAGCCUUAGUUUUCAGAUCGGGAAAAAUAGUUUGCACAGGAGCUAAGAAUGAACAUGAUUCGUAUUUAGCCGCUAGAAAAUUUGCCCGAAUUAUUCAAAAACUUGGUUUUCAGGCUAAAUUUCUUAAUUUCAAAGUGCAAAAUUUUAUCGCAACUGCAGAUUUAAGAUUUCCAGUAAGAUUAGAGGCUCUUCAACAAGCACAUGGACAAUUUACAUCGUACGAACCAGAAUUGUUUCCUGGAUUAGUAUAUAGAAUGAUACGCCCAAGGGUGGUUCUUCUGAUAUUUGUCAAUGGAAAAUUAGUUAUUACGGGCGGGAAAACAAGAAAUGAAAUUUAUGAAGCAUUGGAUAUUAUACACCCAAUACUAAGAAGUUUUAAAAAGAAUUAAUAUAUAUGUAUCACCUUUAUUUAUUCCCUGUAUUAUAAAUGAUAAAAUAAUAAACGUUGAAAUUCCAAAAUAUCAUUAAUUAA